AUGAAUUGGACACUGGGCGCUCUGCUCGUGCGCCAUCACCUUAGGCUAAUUCGCGAAGUCGUACUUAUCACCUCGGAUCGCAACCUGCGUGUUAAGGCUAUCAGCCAGAAUAUUCCGGCUCGUCCUCUUCGUAGCCUGGUCACUUGGUCACGUCUUCCAGUACCCCAGACCAUCCAACUUCCCAGGCCACCGCAGCUACCUGAGGCGGGUGCGUCUGGUCCCUGUGGCGGGUUUCCUUGCGGCCAUGGUAACCCUAGUCGCAAACAGACACGUAUUAAGCCAACGGCUGCUUUUUAUGGGAGCCGUAAAACUGAGCCCUUCGUUGUAGAGCAGUCAAUAUCAUCUGAAGUAGUGACCCCUCUUUGUGAUGCUACAAAUACAUCAACAGGGCCUCACAUUGUUAAGCCCCAAUCAGUCAUACCUUCAUGA